AUGGGUCACAUACAUGGUCCCGGGAAGGUCCUGUGCCGGUUGGCUCUGCCAUAUUCCAGCAGUGUCCCCACCUGGCUGAAUGUGACAUCUAAUGAUGUGAAGGGCCAAAUUUACAACCUGGCCAGGAAGGGCCUGACUCCCUCACAAAUCGGUGUGACCCUGAGAGACUCUCACAGUGUUGCACAAGUAUGUUUUGUGAUAGGUAAUAAAAUCUUGAGAAUCCUUAAGUCUAAAGGACUUGUUCCUGAUGUCUCUGAGGAUCUCUGCCACUUAACUAAGAAAGCAGUUGCUGUUCGAAAGCAUCUGGAGAGGAAGAGAAAGGAUAAAUAUACCCACUUCCUUGUGAUCCUCAUUGAGAGGCGAAUUCACUGA